AUGAUCUGCAAAUCGGCUCUCCUCAUCGGUUUGGCUUUUAUUGUGACCAGCUCAAAGGCAGCAAGUCAUAACGAAGAAUGCAAAUCUACUUUGGUGGAAACUAUUCCGCAGCACUUGACGUACAAUGAAACGGUCAUCUCAAAAGAUACCCAUGACGAACUUUUGGCGCUGAUCAACUCGGCCACUGAAUCAAUCGACAUUGCCUCCUUCUACUGGACCCUCCUUGGCAAGGAUGUGAUGCCCAAACCAGUGCCUGAGAGCCGCAAAGGGGAAGACAUUCUCAAUGCACUGGUGAGUGUGGCCAAGAACAAGUCGAUCAAGCUCCGCAUUGCCGUUAACGAUGACAAGCAGAACAGUGUCCACAAUGAGGACCUGAGCGCGCUGCAACAAGUGGCACAGCUUAAAAGGGUCAACUUUACGCGUCUGGUGGGCGCCGGCAUUCUCCACACCAAGUUCAUCCUGGUGGACAACCGCAGUUUCUACGUUGGCAGCGCAAACAUGGACUGGCGCUCGCUGACCCACGUCAAGGAGAUGGGCAUCCUCGCCCAGAACUGUCCCUCACUGGCGGCCGAUCUGGCAAACACUUUCGAGGUUUACUGGUACCUCGGUGGAACGGAGGUGGUGGUGCCCAAGCCGUGGCCUAAAGAGUACUCGGCCAAGUACAAUGUGACACACCCGCAGCAGACGACCAUCAACGGUCAGCCGUACAGCGUCUUCAUUAGUUCAUCUCCCGGAGAGCUGUGUCCUGCCGGUCGAAGCAAUGACAUUGACGCCAUCCUCCACAUCAUCAACACUGCCCAGCGAUUCAUCCACAUUGCCGUCAUGGACUACUUUCCCCUCUUUCUCUACAAACGCCCCACCACCUUUUGGCCAGUCAUUGAUGACGCGCUGAGGAGGGCCGCACUGGAGAGGGGCGUACACGUGCGCCUUCUGGGCAGUCACUGGAACCACACUCGCUCUUCGAUGGCUCUCUUCCUCAAAUCACUUUCCGCCCUCUCCAACGGAAAGGUGUUCAAGGGAUCCAUCGAAACUCGCCUCUUUAAUGUGCCAUCGUUCACGCCGGCAGAACGUGAGAUUCCCUUUGCCAGGGUCAACCACAACAAAUACAUGGUAACGGAUAAAGUGGCCUACAUUGGCACAUCAAACUGGUCGGCUGACUACUUUGUUUCUACGGGUGGUGUUGGAAUUGCCCUGAGCACAACAGCAAGAAAUGAAACCAAUCUUCAUGAUCAGCUCGAAUCAAUCUUUGAGCGCGACUGGAACUCCAAGUACUCACAAGUUGUAUGA